GUAUGAUUGGUGGAACUGCAUGGGCCAUGUUCGAAGGAGCUGUAAUUGCCAUAUUGAGAGAACAAAAGGCUGAUUAUGGAUUACAAAGGGUUUAUGGUAGCAUUGGUGGGAUGAUAUCAUCUCCUCUUUCCGGUCUUAUGAUAGAUUAUUUCAGUUAUGGAAAAGCCUUCACUGAUUUUAGGCCAGCAUUCUACUUGUACGCGAUUCUAAAAGUGGCUUCUGGAUUCCUGAUGCUAUUUAUUAAUUUGGAAUUCAAAGCACCCGCACCAAACAUUAUUAAAGACGUCUUCGAUGUGCUUAAACACGUAGAAAUUGUCACUCUCUACGUCGUUUGUUUUAUGCUUG